GUUUCCACCCCCUCUAACAAUAGCACUUAGCAAUUAAUUAACCACCAAAUUAACCACUCUCUUCUAUCUUUCUCUCUCUAGCUAGGCAAGAGAAGGAGGGCAUAAGGUUAUAUAAGAGUUGACAAGAGAGAGAGGCAUCCAAAAGACAAAGCCGGCUAGGUUUUUUCCACACAUCUCUCUCUCUCUCUCUCUUUGUUCUUUGUGUGUGUGUAUGGGUGUUAAUUUUCUCUCUUGUCUCUAGAGAGAGAAAGCUAGCUUACUAUCUAGGCUUUGCCUGUCCAUUGAUUAGAGGCCAAAAGAAACUUCCGUUGAUUAGAUUAGCUAGCUAGAGAGUAGUAGCUGCCGGAUCCAUCUCUUCUCUUCCAUUUGUUAUAUGUGCAAGGCAAAACGCCUCUCUCUCUCUCUCUCUCUCUCUAUAGCCAGCGUAGCGUAGCUCCACUUGUCCCUCUCCCUCUCCUCCCGCCAUAAAAACCACAGAGCCAGCCUCCCUCCCUACCUGCCUGCCUGCCUGCCACUCUCUUCCUCUCCCUCCCUCCCUCUCUCCACGCCUUCCUUUGCUUCGGCGACAUGCAAGCGUCGGCCAUGGAGCUAGUGCUAUUCCGGGAGGAGCGGACCGUGGACGAUCGGCCGCAGCAGCACGGGGGCGCCGUCGUGAAGCGGAAGCGCACCAAGAGGCCGCGCCACCAGACGCCGCCGGUGGCCUGCUCCUCGGCGUCCUCCUCCGAGAGCACCACCACCGAGGAGGAGGACAUGGCCCACUGCCUCAUCCUCCUCGCCCAGGGCGCCGCGCCGCCCGUCGACUCGAGGCCGCCGCCACCCGCCCUCGCCACGGUGCCGCAGGAGGCUCGGCAGGGGACGCCGUCGCUUCCUCCGCCCGGCCCUCUGCCGGCGCCGGCGACCAAGACGGAGAGGUACACCAGCCGCAAGUACACGGAGGCGGCCACCACCGCGGACGGCGUCAGGGCCGGCUUCUACGUGUACGAGUGCAAGACGUGCAACAAGUGCUUCCCCACCUUCCAAGCCCUCGGCGGCCACCGCGCCAGCCACAAGAAGCCACGCCUCGCCGGCGCCGACGACGACAUCGCCGCAAACGCCACAACCGUCGCCAUCGCCAAGCUGUCCAAGCCGCCGGCGAUGAAGACGGCGUCGCCACCGCUGGCGCAGAUGACGACAGCAUCGCCGCCUCCGCCUCCGCCGCCUCAGGUCGACGCCGCCCCGGACGUGACCACCGUGCUGAGCCUCAACAACGGCGGCAGCGCCGUUUCCAACGCUGUCAAUACCAACAGGCUCCGGGUGCACGAGUGCUCCAUAUGCGGCGCCGAGUUCGCCUCCGGGCAGGCGCUCGGAGGGCACAUGCGACGCCACCGGCCGCUACACGCUCCGGCCGAUCGCGCCACCGCCACUGCCACCGCGGGGGUGACCGCGAUCACCGUGUCCACGACGAAGAAAGGCAGCGUCCCGGCCGGAAUCAACCUGGAGCUUGACCUCAACCUGCCGGCCCCGUCCGACGAGGAGUGCGUCUCACACCCGGCACCACCACCACCACCACCAUCGGCGCCACCGGUGGUGCUCGGCCUCGGGCCCUUCGACAGCGGCAAGAAACGGCUCAUGCUCACGGCCGCUUCCGCCGCGCUGGUGGAUUGCCAUUAUUGAUCGGCACGUCGCAUGCAGCUGGCCAGCCUCACGAAUUCUUUACUUUCCUUAACACCGAUUGAUUGUUCGAUCAUUCUUCUUCUUCUUCCUCCUCCUCUUCUAUACAUACUUACAAAUUUGCUCCUUGGAACAUACUACAUAUCAAGGAAAAUUGUAACAUACUACAAUUGAUUCUUUCGAUUCUUUGGGCGUAAGGUUGACUAUAGGAAACUACAUAUAUAAUUGACAUCCACAUGUAUAUGUACCAUGUAAACACGAUCGAGCAUGUAUAUUGGUGCUGAAAUAUUAUAAAUGGGAAUGAAAAAAUUCCACUUUGUGA